AUGAAACUCAAACGCUUCCUUCUCAGAUAUUAUCCACCAGGUAUAAUCCUGGAAUAUGAGAAAGGAGGAUAUCUGAGGACCAAAUCAAUCGACCUUUUGGAUUUGACCCCAGAAACAAACCCAGAUGAGUUGGUGGCAGAGAUCAGGCAAUCAGAACCUCUGAUCACAGAGUCCCGGGCUGAUCAGGUGAAACAGCUGAUUAUCCGACUUCAGCAGAAGCAGAGCCAGCAGGACCACCACCGGUUUUGUUUCUUCAAGGAACUUAAGGCACAUGUACUGCCACUGACAAAUGUUGCCUUUGACAAAUCAGGGUCAAGGUUUAUAACUGGGAGCUAUGAUAGAACAUGCAGGAUUUGGGACACAGCCUCAGGCACUGAGCUCCACACGCUAGAGGGUCACAGAAAUGUGGUGUAUGCAAUAACAUUCAACAACCCCUUUGGAGACAAGAUUGCCACUGGUUCUUUUGAUAAGACCUGCAAACUGUGGUGUGCUGACACAGGAAAAUGCUUUCAUACGUUUCGGGGACACAUGGCAGAAAUAGUGUGCCUGGCAUUCAACCCCCAGAGUACACUGCUGGCUACAGGCAGCAUGGAUGCCACUGCCAAGCUGUGGGAUGUGGAGACUGGGGAGGAGGUGGCCACCCUAACUGGUCACACUGCAGAGAUCCUGUCUCUGUGCUUUGACACAGUGGGCAAUCAACUUGUCACUGGCUCCUUUGACCACACAGUUGUGAUAUGGGAUGUUGCUUCAGGAAGACGUGUUCACACUUUGAUGGGUCAUGGGGGGGAAAUCAGCAACGUUCAGUUUAACUGGGAUUGCUCCCUCAUAGUCACAGGCUCCAUGGACAAAACCUGCAAGGUGUGGGAGGCUAUCAGUGGGAAGUGUGUGGCAACCCUAACUGGACACAAAGAAGAGGUGCUGGAUGUAUGUUUUGAUUUAAGUGGUCAGCUCGUUGCUACAGCCUCUGCUGAUGGUACAGCCCGAGUUUUCAGUGCAAACACACACCAGUGUCUCGUAACACUAAAGGGGCAUGAAGGGGAGAUCUCAAAGAUCUGUUUCAGUCCCCAGAGCAACAGGGUACUGACUGCCAGCUCAGACAAGACAGCCCGUCUGUGGGAUGUUCAGUCUGGAGUCUGCCUACAAGUCCUGGAGGGGCACACUGAUGAGAUCUUCUCCUGUGUCUUCAACUAUGAGGGUGACGCCAUCAUUACAGGCAGCAAGGAUAACACAUGCCGGAUCUGGUACUGA